AUGAAAAUACGAGAAACACUCCUCAAAACCAUUUCCAAUACAUCGGAUGAAGUCUAUGAUCGACUCUUUAAUCCCAAACAUGUUCAUUCUCGUCCUCUUCAUCAACGACCCUUUCCCAUUCAUACUCGAUUGUGGUACACAUUCAUCACCAUGUCCUAUCUUGGUGUUGUCUUUGGAUGUUUGGAACAUUUCACUCGUUUGGAUUUGGCUGUGGAUCGAGAAAUGUCUUCCAUGACUGCACAAUAUGAACACUUGUUAUUGAGUCAACAUGGAAUCUUUGGAUCUCGUUUUGAUUUGGAACAAUACAUUCAAUCUCAUUCCAAACAAUAUGGUGUCGAAUGGAAUGCUACCAAAUCGAGUAUGUAUAAAACCAAUCGAAAACAUUAUAUCGAGUCAUUGCACGAGUUGGAACGAGUGAGAAGAGAAUUGAAUGAAAUUUCAACGACGAGACAACAAUGA